UCCUUGACCUCGCCUACGGCCUGGGUGGACCAGGACGGAGAAACAAACACAUAGGUGUCACCAUGGAGAGAGGAAUCCUCAUCUGGUCUCUCUUGUUGUUCCUUGCCCUGAAUAUCGCCUAUUCAUACCCUAAUACAACCCUCAACUCAAUCCAAGACCUAAAGGAUCGUGUCCAUCCCCUCUCCACAUCUCAGCUCAGUUUGCUCUACUGGCUAGCCAGCGAAAUCAAAAACAUAGACAACAACAACAUCAUGACAUUCAAUUUUGAUCCAACCAGAGGAGACUAUGGUUCUCAUUAUUAUAAAAACAUAGAAAGGGUGUUACCUCCACUUUUAAAUAACAUUGGAAACUACUACACCCUAGGAAAUCUCAAUUUGACAAAUGCUCUGGAAUUCCCAGAAUAUGUCACUAAAGAAUUUCUCAAGUCAACAGAUAUUGCAGAGAAGUUAGUGAAUAACAGACAGAGGCUCAUCCUCCAUGCCAUAUGGAAUCAUCAUACGAUGGUCAUCACAAUAGAUCAGGUCUACCUCACUCAGCACUAUCCACCCAACUGGGGGAGAGGUUCUGCAUACGACCCAGUUAACACCUACCGCAUCACCCCCAACCUCCUGAGAGAGAUCCAGACGUUCCAGACCCUCUCAGCAACUGAUAUACAAAACCAAUACGGCAUACAAAUAGGCCCAACAAAUCAAAUAGAAGAUCCCUUGCAGAGAUUAGCAUUGUUUUUCAAAAUUAUUAAUAAUUUGAAAAUAUCUAUUAUCACAGUUUGCUAUUCUAAUACCAAGCAACGCCGUCGCCGUGCAGUGAGUAAGGAAGAGUGUGAUGAUUUGAAGAUUAAGCUGGAGGUAAAGACCACAUGUAAAGGGACAGCCAGGAUCAGCUGGGAUGACAUCCCUAAGAGGCACUUGAACCAGGAUGUGUUUGUGGUGCUUUAUAAGAACAAGGACAGUGAGAUCCAGCUAGCCAACACCAAGAUAAUCGAGGCCUCUGGAAAUUUCACCACAACUGCAGCUCUGAAUCCCGGCCUGCAGGUCAGGCUUCACAAGAGCAAAACCAAAUGGCUGACACAGAAAAUUCCCGGGGAGGAGAUCUGGAGAGGUCUUGAGUUUCACGACACCAGGGAGAUUCCUGUUGGCAUAAGAGGUUAUGACGCCAGUCUGCAGCUCUACGUUAAAGAUGGCAAGGCCAGCGCUCGCCUGUACGUCAGGAACUCUUUCACUGACUGGAUGGAUGUGUUAAAGAGCUCCUGGGUUGGUUUCUACUCCAAUGGAAACACAGGCACCUCUAAGUGUUAUACGUGGCAGUGGGCUGUGUAUUUCUCCAAGGAAACCCGCUCGGACAUACCAGAGUAUGAUGUGUAUGUGUAUCAGUCUAGUAUGGCCAUGUCUCCUGGCGUCCAUGCUAGAUUCAUACUCUGGAGAAAAUCUGGAGAAAAAGCCCGUACCUCAGACUGGGAAAUACAGAGACCUGCUAUUAUAAAUGUUAAUAUAAACGGUUACGACGCCAGUCUGCAACUAUUUGUUAGAGAAGGCUAUGCCUGCGCUCGCCUGUACAUCAAGAAGUCCUUCAGUGAUUGGAUGGAUGUGUUUCAGAACUCCUGGGUUGGCUUCUACUCCAACGAAAAUAAAGCCACCAUGGAGUAUGAUGCAAAUAUGUGGCAAUGGACCAUUAAAUUCUCCAAGGAAAUUCAGUCUGACAUACCAGACUAUGAUGCUUAUGUAUACCAGUCUUGUCGAGCCAUGUCUCCUGGUGUCCAGGCUAGAUUCAUACUUGCUAAAUGGCAUAUAUUAUAUUAUUAUAACAAUGAAAAGGCCCGUACUCUACCUUGGAAGAAUUAGGGCUCGAUUCAAUCUGUAUAGCUGAAGUUCAGUGCUAAUGCGCAAUAUAUAUUCAAAGGUAAUUUGCGAUUGAGCCCACAUAUGCAGCAUUUACCGUGAAUGCCGUCUCCGCGAACAGAACGUUGCUUUAAAAUGUUUUUUUUGCGCAUUAGCGCUUACUUCAGUGAUACAUGAUUGAAUAGAAUUUACAGUGCAUCCAAAAAGUAGUCAGACCCCUUGACUUUUUCAACAUUUUGUUAAGUUACAUUCUUAUUCUAAAUUGGCUUCAAUCGUUCCCCCCCCCAUCAGUCUACACACAAUACCCCAUAACGACAAGGCAAAAACAGGUCUUUAGGCAUUUUUGCAAAUGUAUUAAAAAUAAAAAACUGAAAUAUAACAUUUACAUAAGUAUUCAGACCUUUUACUCAAAUCAAACUUGAUUUGCCACAUGCACCGAAUACAACAAGUGUAGACUUUACCGUGAAAUACUGACUUACAAGCCCUUAACCAACAGUGCAGUUCAAGAAGAACAAAAUAUUUACCAUGUAGGCUAAAAGAAAAACGAAUAAUAAAAAGUAACACAAUAAGAAUAACAAUAAUGAGGCUAUGCUCUGGAUAAGAGCGUCUGCUAAAUGACUUAAAUGUAAAUGUAAUGUAAAUGCUAUAUACAGGGGGCACCAGUACCGAGUCA